AUGGAAGACCCGAGCCGCACGGCUGGCGAGGAGGCGGUGAAGAAGAAUACCGACUGCAUCUACUUCUUGGCUUCUCCUCUGACCUGCAAAAAGGUGCUUCCUCUUUCCCCCCCCCUCCUACGCCUGUUUUUUGUACCUUCCUGACUUUGGCCGUUCGUUUUAUUUUUACAUCUUUGAAAAAUAUGUCUCUCUUACACUUCGUCGAUGUUAUUUGGAGGAUCUUCGACGUUUGGCGUCGGCUCACGACUGUUAAUCCGUCUCAAUCUGAUCGGAUCGCCCCCUUUUUUCCGUUGUUAGUUUGUUCGACUGGGAUAGGGUUCGAGAAUAAGCUCGAAUUGGAAUCCGCCUUCCUUAACUAUGGAUUCCAAUUGUCUGGGUUCAGCUGCUAAGACCAGUGCUCCUCUAUUUGAUGAAGCAUUUGAUUUAUAAUUAAGAAAGAAUUUGGCUGAAAAUUGCCCCCCGGUGGAGGGGGCACGGAUCAUCAGGAGGGAAAAACGUAGAUUUGUAUGGUGAUCCAGAUUUUUCCAGUCUCUUGGUUUGAGCUUAGAUCAGAGGGGUGAGCGUCUCUGGUGUUCAUAUUUAAUGUACCGUUCUUGCUUCUAUCGAUCACAGACGGAGUAUUGUCAUAGAGUGUGUGUGAACCGAAAUCAUAUCUUAUGUUAAAAUAUUUAAUAAUUUGACUAAUCAUUUUAGAAUUUCCAUAGAUUCUCAUUCUCACUGUACGCUUAGUUCUCAUCUGCCUGAAAGUAAGCAUCGCCAUUCGAGUGAAUGAUAAGAGCAAGGAGAUACAUCUUGAUCGUAGAAAAGGAGUGUAAUGAGAUGGAUUCUCGAGGAUUGGUAAUAUUUUUCGUAGGUUUACCUCCUAAUUUUACUCUUCUGAUAAUUCAGGUGCAUCUUUUCUCUCCAUUAAGUGAAGUUAAUCUGGAUUUUAGAAAUUAGGAUAUUUUGAUAAAAACCCUACUCAUAUCUUAGAGAGAUCAAUGGAAAAGCCGUAAGUAAUUGAUGCAGGGAUAUAAUUAACCUGGAUUCAACCUGAAAAUAACCCAUCUAAACUCUUGGUUUACCUGGUUCAAGCUACCGCAUUGUAAACAAACCUCAUCGAACACAAUCCCAAGUUAUAAACAUCAUCUAAUCUUCAUACGUAUUAUUGAUAUAUGUUCGAUUCUCGGAAACAUCUUAAGUUUUGUUUGGUUUGGUGGUUUUAAGCGCCGAUCUAGCCUGAUCUGAGUGGGGGUUGGGGAGAGCAUGGCCCAAAGCCGACCCACUGUGAGCAGGCUGAGAUGAUGUCUGCGUUGUUCCUACUGAUGUUGGGUUGACCCACACAAUGCGGUGCUACUGGCACCCUCUUCCUUGCAAUGGGAUCAUCUUCUGACUUUUCAUCGUCAUCCUUCUUGUAGACAUCGGAUUACCAGUCAGAUAACAGCUGUGGCUCCUUCCACGACCCCUCACUUUAUCAGCCGGCGCAGUUGUUGUUCCCCAGCCGUGACAAUCGUUACUCUUCGCAUACUGUAGUUGUAACUCCGGCGUUGAUUAGGUAGCCUGAACUACUGGGUAUACCAGCAUUGCCGAGAGGAAGUUAGGAGGCUGUGGGGAGUAGAUUUUGAUGAACCCAGUGAGUACAGCCAAGCUUGCGAGGAGGGCUCAGAGAUAAACGAUCAGUUUUUCUUUAGCAUUUAAAUGUGGUUUACAGUGCGUGGCAUCAAGGGGAAAUGAUCAAGUGUUCUAAGUAGAACUUUAUCAAACCACCCUUAUGAAUGCUGCCCAUUAUUUUUCUUUUGUCCCGUUUCAGAAGAGCCCUAGCUGUCAAUUCAAAUUAUAUUGUCUAUUUUACUGAAGAUGAAAUCAAGCUUAAUUAUCUUCGGUUUUUGUGGAGGUGCCUAAUUUUCGUUAUAUUUUCUACUGAUCGACUGCUGGAUUCCCUUUGGUUCAAAGCUGAGAGAUUCAAUGUUAUUUACUUUAUUUUUCAGGGAAAUGAAUGUGAGUUUCGUCACCGUGAAGGUGCCAGAGUCAACCCUCGGGAUUGCUGGUAUUGGUUAAAUGGCAACUGCUUAAACCCAAAGUGCCUAUUCAGACAUCCAGUGAGUCUUCUUACUUCUACCUGUAACCUUGAAUGCACGCAUGUUGACAAAAAUACAUCAAUUUUCGUCGUCAAAGUUUUUGAAACUAUUAUGCGAGUGUAGGCAUUUUUAUUCCAUUUUUUUAGUUAUAGUCAACGCCGUCUCCUGUUUGCAGCCGCUUGAAGGCUUGGUUGGGUCCCCCAUGUCAACUCUCUCGGGAUCUACUCCAAGUCAAAUGCCCGUGCCAGACCAAGUCCCAGUAGUUCAUUCUGUCGCCGCUAAUACCUCAAGCAAGCAGAGGACCCCUUGCUAUUACUUCCAGAAAGGGAGUUGCUUGAAAGGCGACAGGUGCCUUUUCUUCCAUGGUCUGCAGCCUAUCGACAAUCCUAAUCUGCCGCAGCCAACAGGGAAGGUUGUUUCUUCGCCCGCCGUAGAAGCACCAAACCCGUUGAAGCCCAUGCAGAGCAAGCCCAGAGCGAGUGCCGAGAAGGCGGCGGAAGGCCCCCGACCCCAGGGCAAGGCUGAUAUCAAGGCCGAAGCUUCAUCGAGAAGUGGGCUGCUUCAGAGAUUCCCACACGGUAAUGGAGCUUGGAGACCUUCGAAUGCCCCAACGAGGGCUCAUCAGCCGAAGCCUUUGAAUGGGUCUGUUCAGAAGAGCAGGGAGGCUGACGAACCAUUGAGGGAGUCGUCUCCAGGGUUUGAUGUUCUGGUGGACGGCGGCGGCGCUUCAGGUCACGAGGGAAAGGAAGCCAUUGGAGGGGAGGACUUGGACUACCUCCCAUCAACUGGUCACAAUUCGAGGCCAAGGUCUGAAGGAGAGAGAAGCAAUAGAGACGACGAGAAGGGGCUGAAGAGGGAGGGCGGCUCCGGUGAGAUCGAUGGGUCGGAUCUGCGCCACCGGCUUCUGAAGAAGAGGAAAGGCUACGGGUUGCGGUCAUCUAUCAGCACCGAUCGCCACGGUGAUGCUCGUCGGGAGGAUGACGAGGAGAGGCACCGGAGUCGCAGGUCCGGUGGCGAUGACAAAGGUUUUCCUCGUGGAAGCUCCAUAAGCAGUCGUCUACGAGGUAGAAUAUCCCUUCCUGGAAGAUCCUCCUCGGAGAAACCUCGCAAUAUGGAUUCUGAGAGAGAUGAAGACAGAGGAAGGAGCUGGGGUAGAUCGUCAUCCCCGGGUCAGCGGUUGGACAGGAUGACGCAGAGGAAUCAGGAGGAGGACUCUGCGAAGAAGAGGGCCCUGGAGGGGCAGCCAAGGAGAAGAGAUGGAGCGGAUUCGCUGAACUUCUCCGCUCCUCGAAGCCUUACAGACCUCAGGGGCGCCAAGUUCUCCGACGGAUCGAUCAGGUUCGACGGCAGUGCAGUCGCCCAGGAGCGGAAGGGCGCGAGAUUAAACAGGGCUUUGGCCCUCAACGAAUCAGAAGGUUCUCCCUCGUUUGAGGGGCCAAAGCCGCUUAGCGAGAUUCUAAAGAGAAAGCGGGAAGUAGCAAGGGGGAGUGAUGCUGCUUCCAGCCAUGGAGAUGAGGUCAACUUCAAGGUCAGAGAAGACCCCCCGGGUCGUCCCAUGGUGACGAAAGCGGCUGAGGCGCCUGGACCAACACUGGAGGAAGCGAGAGAGAACCCGAUCAUAACAGAUGGUGAAGAGCUGCCACAGGAAGAUCGAUCUUCACCGAAGAUGGAGGCGACUGAUAGAGAAGACGGGAUGAAGGAAGACGGCGAGAUAGAUCCAGAGAUGGAAGAUUACGGCCAGAGGAACGGGGAAUUCGAGUAUGAUGAGGGCAGCGAAGAGUUGCCGCAACCGGACCAGUCGUCACCCAGAGAGGAGAUGCCUGAAGCAGAAGACGGUGUCCUGGUAGACGACAUGGAAGACGCAGAGCAGAGGGCCGGAGAGGAGUUUGGAUACGAUGCAGCCGGAGCCGCCGACUACAGGUCCGAAGACGACGACGAUGAUGACGAGGCGGAUGACGAAGACGGCGACGACUUUGCACGGAAGAUCGGCAUCAUGUUCACCUGA